UUGUCGUGUCGUGUAUACACAGCUGUCAUCAAUCGCGUUGUUUUCUAAUUUCAUACAAAUAUUCCAAUAAUGAGAAGUAAAAGUAAUGUGCGGUGUAUGAAAUUACUCGUCAAAACAUAAAUUUCUCCUCAAUUGUGAUAGACUUUAAAAAAUAUCAAAAUGGUUUUGAUGACCAUGAUUGCGAGGGUCGUGGAUGGCCUACCCUUAGCGGCUACUAUGCAAGAAGACGAGCAGAGCGGCUGCAAUGUUUUGGAGUAUCAGAAUCAGGCAAAAAUGCUGUUUAGAAAACUAAGCCCACAGUCGCCACUGCGCUGCUCCAUUGAGACUGGGCCAUACCUGUUCCACUAUUUAAUUGAGAACGAGAUCUGCUAUCUGGUUCUCUGUGAGCGCAACUAUAGUAAAAGGCUAGCAUUUAGCUAUUUAGAAGAAAUUGCGCAAGAAUUCUACCAACAGUACGGUAAAAGGGUGAACACAGUAACACGUCCGUACACGUUCAUCGAGUUCGACACGUGGAUGCAGCGCGCGCGGAGGCAGUACGCGGAGGGGGGCGCGCGCGCGCGGCGGGGGGGCGCGGCCGCCUCCCUCGCGCCGCAGCUCGGGGACGUGCAGCGCAUCAUGAUGCAGAACAUCGACGACGUCCUGCAGCGCGGCGCAGUGCUCUCCGAAUUGGACACAAAAACGCAAAACCUAUCAAUGAUGACGCAGAAAUACAAGAAAGAUGCCACAUACCUAAACACGAAGUCUAUGCUGGUAAAAGUAACUGCUGGCGCGGUCAUAUUGCUUGUUUUUGUACUAUACUUCUGGGUUCUUUAGGGUCUUACUUUGGCUGUAUACUUUGUGAUCUUAGUGCUAGUAAAAAUGAGUUGGAACAUGCCUUUGCCUGUUUUUUUACUAUUAGAAAAUUAAAAAGUAAACCCUACCAUAUGCUACACAACGCCAUCUAGUUUCGGAAUAAGCAAACUUGUAUACUGGGUACUAAGGAAGAAAUGAGCAUAA